ACCCAUUAUUCUGUCACUCAACACCCCUGCAACUGUUGACAACAACACUAUGCACCCCAUCAACUGUACAGGUCAGGGAUACCCGGAACCUACAGUCACACUAAUGGUCGACAAUGUGGUAAUGAUUAGAAGUUAUUCCAACAGUUGUACUGGUGGGGUUUGUACAAAGACACACACAGCAUCACUAGAUGGGAGUAACUUCACACCUGGUCAUACCAUCAACAUUACCUGUACUGUGGAUAUCAACCAACCACCAUUCACCUGUACUGCUGCUCAGAAUUCAACUUUACAGACACAGUGUAAUGCUGCUGCCAAGUCCAGGUCACAAACAAGAAUGUUAACUGUAGUUGCACAAUGUCCACAUCUUGAUGAUCUCGGCUUCAAUUACAAACCUAUUACCGGUUUCAGCAGGACGUUUGGCACCAACAUAUCCAUACAGUGCAGAACAGGUUACCUGUCCACCAACGCUCUCGGUACCACCACAACUACAUGCCAAAGUGGUGGAGUAUGGAGUCCAAGUCCUCCAGGGUGUGAAAAUUGCAGCAUUAGGUGUGCCGAUGACAAUAAAGUUGUAGCCUGUAAUCACGUGAUGGGAACACUCGCCGUCAACUGCGUUUGUCCAACUAACUACACUUGGACAGGGAGCAAGUGCGCGCUAACUCAUUGUGAAGCUGUGAACCAGUCAUCAGUCAGUUACAUUGGGAGAAGUCCUGUUGGUCAAAUUAUCACGGUGAAGUGUCGCGGUGGAUACAGCAACAAACUCGGACCAAUCACAGCUAAAUGUGGGCCCCAAGGAAUUUGGAGCGAACUUCCACAUUGUCAGGUAACUCAUUGCGAAGCUGUGAACCAGUCAACAGCCAGUUACAUUGAGAGAAGUCCUGUUGGUCAAAUUAUCACGGUGAAGUGUCGCAGUGGAUACAGCAACAAACUCGGACCAGCCACAGCUAAAUGUGGGCCCCAAGGAAAUUGGAGUGAACUUCCACAUUGUCAGGACAUCAACGAGUGUGAAAUGGAAGAGAAAGUAUGUGUAGACAACUGCAUCAACUUCACACCCGGUUUUACCUGCACCUGUCUGAAUGGUACCUUUGGUUGCUUUGCUCAGAUAUCAGGACAAAUGUCAGAUGCUACACAAGGAAUCACUAUAGGAGUAUUCAUCGGAAGUUUGGCAGCAAGCCUGCUACUCGGUGCACUCAUUAUGUUCCUGUUUGCACAGUUUGUACAGCGAAAGCGUCGCUCAACACAACAGGACACUAACAGAAUGGAGAUAGGUCCCGAGACCCCAACACGUGCCACACCUAACAUGGCGUAUGAAGAUGCAGAGAUAGUGGAAACAACGCUCACUAGCAGUGAAGCAUACGGAGUCGCUGGUACUGCAGACCCGCACAAUUAUGAAUUUGUAAGGCCUUGAAGCUUACAUGUACGUGAGCUGAUUCUACUGUUCAACACUUUUGCUGUCAACAUUCACACGCCAUCGCUGUUUGUAACCGCACCACCCACUGCUUCCUUGUGUUUAAUGAAACUGCUUUCACUCGAAUAAAUCGCAUCGUCCAAACUUCUCACUGCCAGGAUUUCAUGCCACCAUGUUAGUCUUAUUUCCUUGCGAGUGAAAUCUUUUAAACCGCGCCGCGUGUGGAUUACACACCGUGCCUUUCGAAGGUUGUACACACAAACGUUUAGUGUGUCUUAGGAUAUUCAAAUACAGGUACCUGUACAAAAUGCCUGUUAGUUCGCUUUGUUCUAAUUCAUCAUUGAACAGUUCGAACCCUCUUCGCCUGCAUAGUAUGACUGGUUCCAGCAUGAUAGACCUACUCAAAAUCAAUAACCAUUUCCUGCUUCUCGUUUUAGCAGACUUCUUAACUCACCUGUGUUUAUGGCAUAUUGGGCUUUUCGCUUGACCUGUGCUGUGACACCUUUCGCUUUCAAGAAAGCUCUUCGAAAAGUAAUUCUCUUUAACGCCCCAAACUUCACGGAUAUUUUGUUCUCCUUCUUCUUCAAUCUUCUUGCAUUCGUGCUCUCGGUCCAUGUUUGGAUCAAUCCUCACUUUCUUGUCUUGGCUAUUUUCAUUAUAAUCAUGCCUUCAAGUCCAGAUAGUAGGUAAAUUUCAAAAUUAUUCCUUGCGUGUUUCCAGUACCUCCAUUUCCAUUUCAUACGUUUCCCAUCUUUUGAAUGAAGAG